UCAAGGGGGAGCCCUCGAAACUGCGCGAGGCUUCCGUUUCUACAGCUGUGGUUUGCUUGAGGCUCCCAUCGUGCCUCGCGCCGUCUCCAUAGCUACCGACUCGCAGGCGUCUACCGUUGCCUAGGCCGCAGCGGCCUAGCAGAGAGGCGGGAGCACGAAUGGCGUGCGGAGCGGUGCCGCCGCUGUUACUGCGGCUACUCGUGUCCUGUCUUUUGGUGCCGCUGUCCUCGCCCACGGCCGUGCCCAGCAGCGCGGCCCUGAGUACCGCCACGACGGGGCCGGGGACCGGAGUGGACGCUGGUUCGGAGCAGACAGCGGAUAUCCCCCGCCACUCAACCCCCAGACCCAGCCAGACGUCCCCAGACCUCGGCGACGAAACCCUCCCUCCGGGAUCCAGCCCGGGCCCCAGUAGCCCCACAGGGAGCCUCAGCCCGGGCCCCACCCCUGGAGCCGCCAGUAGCGGACCCAGCCCGAACGGCGCGGCGGAGACUCCCGUCCCUUCGGAGCCAGCGAUUCUCGGAACGACUCCUCGUCCCGGUCCGUGGCCAGCGCCUGUGACCGACGUGGUUAAAUUGUGUGUCUGUGACCUCCUGGUGGACCAGUGUGAUGCAAAUUGUUGCUGUGAUCCCAUCUGCACUGCUGUGGAUUUCAACCUCUUCACUGAGUGUUCAGUUCCUGUUGUCACAGGAGGCAGUCAGCUCUGCAGGCAGCAAGAAGCUCUCUAUGCGAUAGAUCCAGUGGGGCAUCCUCCUGAGAGGCUCUUCCAGUUAGCCGACAAGGUCAACCCCAGCGUUUUCUGCAUUCAGAUGGCCAACUACAAAUCUGCCUUAGCAUUCCGCCCACCAGAAGUACCCACUUUGUACAAUUUUGAUAGGUUGCUGCAAGAAUUUGGCGGGGAUACCUUUGGUAUCAAAGGUAAUCUUGCACUGACUGAUGAGUUUGAAACCCAGCAUGCCGCUAAUGUAAAUGGUACCAGCAGUUACGAGUAUAAGGAUCUCAUACAGACAUCAGAUGGGUUUCUAAGGCUCCCUGCUCCUCUGUUGCUAUCCUGGUGUGCCCACAGUAACCCUGCAGGGUUCUUAGUGAACCAGGCUGUGAAAUGCAACACAAUGAUCAAGGAGGACGACUGCACCACUGUCCCAGGCCUCAGCAUGCAGUUCUACACCCGUUCUAGCAUUUUGACCGCACCCACGUCGAGUCAAAUGGUUAAUAUCACCAUCCAGUCCAUAACUGUGCAGACUGUAGAGGGGCUGCGCAUGCGGCUGUACAACACUGAUGCUUCAAUGCUCCCUACAUUAAAUGGUCAAUUGUGUAGCAACGUAGUUCUUGAGGCCAGUUAUCUUAUUACCUUCACGGAGGCGGGUGAGAUAACUGGCGCAGCGGUGUCUUUGGUCCUGGCAACCGUUAACACAGCGGCACGUUUUGUACUGCAGAUUUUUGAGAUCCGUUUUCUUCAGCAAGAUGCUCAACCUGUUCAUCUCAGCGGAAGCCCCGGUUAUGUUGCUGGCCUACCAAUAAAAGCUGGAUUUAGGUCAGCUGGGUCUGGAGUCAUUCAGAGCAGGAAUGAAGAUGGCCAGCUUACCAUUAUGAAAAGCACAUCUGCUCAGGAUUGUUUAGCUGUGGAAGGUGUCAGAACUCCAGUAUUGUUUGGGUACAGCAUGAUGUCUGGAUGCCAACUGCGAAUUACCCAGGAUGCAGACUGCAGGCUCUUGACCCCAGUGCUCCUGAACGUGCUGAAGGGUCAAAACUUCCCAGACUGUGUAGCUUCGUUUGGAGAUUCUCUGCCCCAGAAUGGCCUGGACUGGGUGCAGAUUUCUUACAAUGUCACCAAACCGAGCACCUGCGAAAUACCAGUGUCGUUUGAAAUAGAAGUGAAAUGGACUAAAUAUGGCUCCUUAGUUAACCCCCAGGCUAAAAUCGUGAGCCUCACAGCAACGGUGAUGACAGUCGCCUUGCCCCAGGUUCCUUCAGGAAGCGAAAGAACCAUCCAGCUUUUCAGUUCUGCUACUUUUGUUGAUGUCUCUGCUGCAGCUGAGCCGGGAUACAAAGCACGACCAACCGUUGAAGCCAACUUGCCAUUUGACUUUUUCUUUCCAUUUAUUUAGUCAUACUAUGCCCUGCUUCUUCAUUUUCUAUUUUGAAAGAAAGGGAGAACCAAUUUUUCAAGGCACUCUUCCAGUGAGAUCGACGAAGGUCCUUGCACAAAGAUGAACUGAUCCCAAGAUUAUUGGCCCAUUCUGUGUCUGACGAUGUUCAUGCAAAACAAGAGAGGAGUGUGAGGAAAGGAAUCCUAGAUAGAAUCAGGAUGGGCCUUGGCAAAGUUGGUCUAAAGGAAAGACAGCAGAGACUCUAUGCUCUAUCAGGCAAGCUCUGUUUUCUGUUGCCAGUAAGUGGCUGAGUCAGAGCUCACCCAGUGCAGCUUCCAUCUUGUGCUCCAUUGGAAAUCUUAAUGGUAGCAGAGCUCAUCAUCUCUGCUGCUGCGCCUUUCAGGGUCCCCCCCCCAGUUUGAAUGGAGCCAUUCUUCUCUUGAAAUAUGGGGACAGCUGACAUCUUCUGUGGUACACGGAAUUGUAAAGGAAGGGGCCAUGUCUCAAGAGGGCCAUCUUGCUCCCCUGUCACUUCCCACCCCCCCCCCAGUUAUUUCUUCUGGAUUGAUUGCCCUAUGUUGUCCAUUUUGCAAAAGUACUAACUCUACUGCAUCCAUCACCAGAGCUCCCUCUAUGCUCCUAUCUUCAUUUCCAUUGUCUUGUAGCAGACAAAGUUUAUUAUCAAACAUUGCUCCCUAUGUGGGAAGUUGGUCGCUUUGGGGGGCAGGUGGGUGGAGUGAAUAACUUUUAAUAAGACCAUGUACUUUGGGUUGUCAUGCCCAACAGAGUGAGAAAAACUAUUUACAAAGAGCUUACCCUCCCCAUAGCUUCAGAUCAGCAGCCAGCAGCAGCAGAGUUGAAUCCGGCCCCAUAGCUUUUCCUCUGAAGCUCUUAAUGGUUGGGCAAUGUCCUAGGGGAAGAGGUAGUCUCUCAAAUAGCCCGAAUCAAGGCUGUCUAGGGCUUACAGCCUCAAGUAGCCUGGGCUGAACCUGCCUGGCUGUAAAUAUCUUCUUUGAGGGGGGGGUCUUCUUUGAGCACACCCACCCUCUCUGCUGCAGCGAAUUGGCAACAGCCAGCAAGGUCUCGGCUGUGGCACCCCCCUCCCCAUUAAGGGUCCACUAGUGCCAUUUAGGCUGAAAUCAAAGCCAUUUUAGUCUCUCUGAUCUUUAAUAAUAAGCAUUGGUUGGUUGAGUGGUCUUUUGUGUUCAUCUGUCUUAAAACCGUUUCUAAACAUGCCAGCCAUCUAGGGAUCCUUUGGCAGAGUCAGGAUGGAAACAUUUUGGUACCUCCAAUCACCUCUUCCAAGUGUCCAUCCCUUAAAAUGAGUUACUGACACAGGUGUGUAGUCUCAUUGCUGCUGGAGGAAUGGUUUUCUUCCACUUGCAGCACCCUGGCUCUCCGCGUGUUGCUGGAUUACACCUCCCAUCUGCUCUAACUAAGCAUUGCCAACGUGGUGAGGGCUGGUGGGUGUUUUAGUCUCUCAGCACCUGGAGAGCCACAGGUUCCCCAUUCCUGUUGGUCAUAAAUGUUGGUGAUAAUAGAUGAUAAAACUUCCCCCGGGAGACUGGCAACUCGCACCCUCAGUUGACUGUGGCAUAAUAUAUGUUGGAUACAAGCCCAUUUCAGCAAUUCAGUCUCUUCCCCAAGCUGACCCCUUGCCUCUUUAAAAGAAAAGAGGAUCAGAAAACAUUGCAGAGCACAAAAAAGGCCUGCCUGUUGUGCAAGCCUUGUCUUUUAGAUGUGGAACUAGGUUAUAAAUAAUAGGCCUCCUCCAGUAAAAAAUGGGGAGGAAAGAAGACUGAGGCAGGGCUGUUCUGCCAUUCUGCAGCCAGUUAUCCUUCUGCUUACCCAAGGAGUAGUUGUGGCCCUGACGAAAAAUGGAGUUGGACAGCCACAGUUUUCCUUCUGUGUUGCCCAGGCUAGACCUCCAACCCAUGUGAAGUUCUGUAAUAAGCAGGUGCUAAGGCAGCUUAAUAGGGUUCUUCAGACCGCUGUUGGACUACCAUAAUCCCCGCCCCUUGGAGAAGGUAGCUGGGGAGUUGGAGUCCAACUACAGCUCAGAACCCAAGGCUGAAGAACACUUGAUGCUCAAAGGGCCAGUGUGCAUUGAAGUAAAGGGUGGUGAUGGUGGUAACUACUUGGCUUUUUGCAAGAUGGAGCAUCCACCCUCAUAUUCAGAGUUGGAAAAACAGCAUUGGACUGCUUUUAUCUUCCUACUUCCUAACAAUGAGGACUAGGAACUUGGAAAAAUGUCUCCCUCUCCCCCAGAGCCCCUACAAAAACACUGGCCUCUUUCACACACUUCAGUAGCUGUAGAGACUAAAGUGGGCACUUGUCAUCUCCAACGUCAAGUCUGAUGAUGCUCUGUACUUCUGGGCAGGCAGCAAAUGUAGUGUACAGGAAGGCCUAGGACUAAGAGAAUGAUGAAGCGGAGGCAUCCAAGGAGCCGAGUGCGGCAGGAGGGCCCUGCCCUGCCCUCUGCUCCCGUCCCAAGUGCAUUACAGACCUCUUCAGGUACACAGCCGUCACUUGCAACUUUGUGACAUUAAACAGAUUUGACUUUAUUAAAUUAUUUUUGCUAUUUUUUAAAACUGUACAGCUGUACAAUUAAAGAUUGGAAUAACUGGU